AUGUCUUCCACUACCACGCCUACAAAGCUACGGUCACUCUACCGCUCAUUCCUUCGCGAACUUCCGUCCCGCCCUUUCACGCAAACCUCUCGCUCGCCACUGCAAUCCCGUAUUCGCAAGACCAUAGCCUCGGAAACAAAUACACCAAUCGAGCAAGCAGAUCAAUUCCUACAAUAUGUUAAAGCCCAAAGGAUGUAUGCCACUUUACUUGAGAGAUAUAACCCUGGGAUGAAUAUGGACGAGGAGGAACGAGUGCGUUUGACUGCCAGGAGGGUGGGAAUGGAACUACCGGUCGAGUUUUCAUAUGGAGGGGAGGGCAGCGAGGGCAAAGGGGAGUGA